AUGUCUGUAGUAGAAAUUACACAUCACGAUGAAGUUAUUUAUACAAUUUUGGAUAAGCCACCACCUGAACCGCCUAAAACUCCCAGAUAUCAAUCGAAGUUAGAGAAGCAGCUUAAAGAGACUAAAAUUCCGCAAAUGCGACGUCUCUUUGGGUACGCCGAAACACCGCUAAAACCACCCGAAGACUUUUUAAAAAAGGGCGAGGGCAUCGGCCAGCCAAUAAAAAAAUCCGAUCACAAAUGCCUCGUUUCUGGGAAUCUACCUCCCGUUCCGAAACGUCCUCCCCCCGGGAAAAAACCCGAAAAACCAAAAGUAAACUUCAAAGUGGUAAACAUAAAAAAGGCCAUCAAAGGCAAGGGCAAACCAGUAGAACCAAGAUUGGUAGAUACAAGAGAUGGACACGUGAAAAGAAUCAAAGGCUCCGGCGAGGUACCAGAGUAUUGCUUGCGUCCAGAUUUUGGUAGAAUGCCAGCCUACUUGGUGAGGCGAAAUCGUAAAAUACAUAGAGAAAUUGAGAAAAUACGAUACGCUGAAGAAAAUAAAGAGAGUCUUUGUAAGCUGAUUAACGAAGAGGAAAGACAGAAGCUUCUAGAGGACCUGAAGCACAAUUGGAAGGUGAUGCAGAAAGCAUUCUUGCAAUUACCAAUGUUGACAGACACGAUUCCGAAGAUUCUAAAAAAAACGAAAAUGGAACAAGAGCUACGACAACUGGAGAAGGACAUAGCAUUAGUCGAAGCUAAUCCCUAUAUCUAUAUUUAUGAAUGA